CACAAAUGAGUGUUGAUUUCUCCACCACGGCAUUGGCCGAAUGAUGCUCGUGUCUUAAACCUAAUAGCUAACCUCGGACGUACGGCACAAUUGCAUUUAAUUUAUUAGCAUACUUAAUCCAUAUUGUAUGUAACCGGCGAUUGAGCAAAGAGUCACAGUACACAUAUCGAGCGUACCUACAGAUUAACAUGCGAUUUGUGUUGGCCUUGGCGGGUAAAAUCAAACACAACUAGGAAGUAGGCAUGUUGUUCGAGAGGGUACAGGUAGGCCUAUAGUUUGAUUUUUUGUAACUAUCAAGACAUGGCUCCGGUAAAAAUAAAGCACGUCGUUUCUUUCACUUCACAGGACCCCAAAAGUACAGUUGGCAACCUGUUUGAUGAGGAUGCAGGUACCCGAUCGUGGCUUUGUAACCCGCACGACCACAGUGGAGUUCUAAAAGCAGAGUUGCAAUUGGAGCAUACCACUUGUAUUAGAUAUAUUGAUUUGGGGAACUGUGGAUCCGCGUUCAUCCAGAUUGAUGUAGGGCGCUCGUCUUGGCCGCCGGACCACCCAUACACCACCCUCUUACCAACCACAACCUUAAUGAGCCCUGCGGAAUCACGGCAGGGCACCGUCAGGACGGGAGUGCGAAUGUUCAAGAAAGGUGACUUCUUGUCAGAGGGUGCCGAGGACAGCUGGGACCGAGUGAGAGUCACCUGCUCUCAGCCCUUCAACCGACGUUCCCAGUUCGGCCUGUCCUUUCUCCGUAUCCGAAGUGCCAAGGGGGGAAAACGACUGUGUUACCACUCAGCAGAAAGCACUGGAAGGCCACUCACCAGGUGUGGGAGAGUGGCUCUCCAGCCCGGCAGUCCAGAGAACCUUCUUUCGGGAAAAGAGUCGCAAAGACAUUCCGAUGGCUUCCGUCGGUUUGAGUCGGACGGCACGCAUGGUACUUUCAGCUGCCUCCCGCCACCCUGCACCGAAGUCUCUAUCCAACACACCCUCUAGUCCUCCAAACACAUGUGCCCCUCCCAAGACUGCCACAUGUACACCUUCCACUGCAGAAGAAAAUGUACUGACCAGUAAUAUACAUCCGCACACAGCUUCGAAGGCGUGUUUAAUCUCAGCUCUCAGCCCAAAGGACAAUAAUAAUCUCAGACAACCAAAGAGAAAAAAAAACUCUAACACAAGACGUGAUCAGCUAAAUGAGUCUCCCUGUAAGAAACAGAGAGAACCUCAGAGCAGGAGGUCUCUCUCACCAGUCUCUACAGCCAGGCUCCCUUCUCACCUCUCUCCUGCUGGAGAUAUAGAGACCACUUGCCCUAUAUGUGGAG